AUGCCCUACAACCCCCAGGCUCCCGGCUAUAUGCAGGGCCAGUACCCUGUUCAACCCCCACAGCAGUCUACUCCUCUCUCGCGCACUCCUUCUCAAAUGUCUACUGAUCGACCUGGCUCGAGCCUCGGCCAGCCGGCGCCUGCUGGUGCUCCGGCUACUGCUCACACUCACACUGGCAGCAGAUCUUCUAACAGCCCCGCUCCUGCGAAGCCCAACUUUAUCAUUCCUUCCGCCAAGAAGAGCCCUAUUGUCAUCAAGGACCCCAACAGUGGUGUUGUGAAGGCAUUCGGUUCCCCUGCUUCCCCCGCUCGUGCUACUCCUUCUCCGGUGAAGGUUGCCACUCCUACAGCAACCCCACCUCCCCGGACUGCCAGCGCCUCUGACCACGCUCGCACUGACAGCAAGGCUGGUGCCAAGACUGAUGAGGAGAAGAAGCAGGAACUCAAGGAUGCUGUUCGCCAGAAGAUCCAGGAGGAUGAGGCCGCUCAGAAGCGCCAGGCCGAGGAGGCCACUCGCAAGGCCACCGAGGAGCCCAAGAAGGUCGAGGAGGAGAAGAAGACCGCCGACGCCGAUUCCGCUGCCGCUGCCCUGCAAGAAUUGAGCUUGAAGGACAAGGCUGCUCCCGCUGCUGCUGCCGACGCUGCCGCUGCUGUUCCUGCUGCUGAAACCCCUGCUCCUGCUGCUGAGGAGCCCAAGAAGGCGCCCGCCCCUGCUCCCCCUGCGGAUGACGACGAGCCCGACUUCGAUGCCAUUGAGCGUGAGAUGGCUGAGAUUGAGGCUAAGGAGCGUGCCGCUGAGGAGGAUUACUACCGCAAGAAGCAGGAGAAGAAGGAGGCUGACGAGCGUAAGGAACGUGAGGACCGUGAGGCCUACGAGGCCAACAUGAAGAAGGCUGAGGCUGAGGCUGAGGAGCGCGAGCUUGCCCGUGAGAAUGCCCGCGCCAAGGGUGAGGCUGCUACCAGUGAUGACCUCUUUGCCUCCCUUAAGAAGGGUGGUUUGGCCGCUACCGAGUCGUCGACCCCUGCUGACAGCGGUGCCGCUACUCCUGUUUCGUCUGACAUGUCCAUGGGACCUCCUGGUAAGCCCGCCAGUGCUACUGCCAAGAAGCCUGCGGCCCUGAAGCUGGAUACUCCCAAGCCUACUGAGCCUACCGAGCCCAGCGCUGCCAUGAAGUCUUUGCAGAAUGCCAAGUUCCUCGAGGACCUGGCCAAGGUUGUCUACCCAUCCUCUGUCACGGCUCCCAACCUGGCCCUGAGCUCGGAUAGCCGCCGGUUCCGUUAUGAGCGUGAUUUCCUGCUCCAAUUCCAGGCUGCUUACAAGGACAAGCCGUCUGUCGACUGGGACAGCCGUAUCCGGGAGACCGUUGGCGACCCUACUCAGUCCGCUCGCACUCCCAUGAGCAGCCGUCAACCCUCUCGCAACGCCAGCAACCAGGGAUUCCAAAUGGGAAUUGGCAUGAUUAACCCUGGUGGUCGCGGUGGCAUGCCCGUCAACACUACUGGCCGUCAAUUCCAACAAUUCCCUCCUCGUAUGGGCAGCGGCAUGGGUUCUAACAUGAUUCGCCAACACUCCAGUUCCAUGCCCAUGUCCCCUAGUGGUCGUGGUGGUUCUAGCAAGGGCGUCCGCGCGGACAGCAAGCGUGGUGGCAAGAACCCCAAGAGGGAGGGAGAGAACGACAAGUCUAUGCCUCUUACUGCUGGUAUGAAGCUGGAGGCCAUUCAAACCUCUUCUACCGGAUGGAAGCCUCGUAGUAUCGGACAGGCCCCCUCUGGCCCCACUCCUGGAGGUCAAGCAGGUUAUAUGGCUCCCGACGUUGUGCAGCGCAAGGUCAAGUCUGCUCUCAACAAGAUGACCCCCGAGAACUUCGAUCGUAUCUCCGUCCAGAUUCUCGACAUCGUUUCACAGUCUAAGGACGAAUCUGAUGGCCGCACUCUCCGUCAAGUCAUUCAGCUCACAUUCGAGAAGGCUACUGAUGAAGCUCACUGGGCUCCUAUGUACGCUAAAUUCGCUAAGGCCAUGCUCGAGAGCAUGAGUGCCGAUAUCAAGGAUGAGAACAUUCGUGAUAAGAACGGCAACGUUGUUGCUGGUGGCAGUCUCUUCCGCAAGUACCUGCUCAACCGCUGUCAGGAGGAGUUCGAGCGUGGUUGGAAGGUCAACCUGCCUGAGAAGCCCGAGGGCUCCUCAGAGGAGACUCAGAUGCUGUCCGAUGAAUACUACAUUGCUGCAGCUGCCAAGCGUCGUGGUCUCGGUCUCGUGAAGUUCAUUGGUGAGCUGUACAAGCUUGGCAUGCUGACUGAGCGUAUCAUGCACGAGUGUGUGAAGAAGCUUGUCGAUUACGAGGGUAUGCCUGAUGAGGCUGAGGUGGAGAGCUUGACCAGUCUCCUGCGCACCAUCGGUGCCAGCCUGGAUGCCUCUGAGAAGGGCCCUGCCAUGAUGGAUGCUUACUUCGCUCGCAUUAACCUCAUGGUUGAGACACCCAACCUGCCCAGCCGUCUGCGUUUCAUGCUUAUGGAUAUUAUUGAUCUGCGUGCUAAGCGCUGGAACUCCAAGGACGCCGACAAGGGUCCCAAGACCAUCCAGCAGAUUCGUGAGGAGGCUGCUCGCGCCCAGCAAGCCGCUGAGCAAGAGAAGAUGCGCCAGCAGGCCAACCGCGGUGGCGGUGGUGGUCGUCCCCAGAUGGGUCGCGGUGAUGCCCGCGGCUUCGGAUACGGCCAACAAGCUCCCCCUACCGACUACGCCUCCAGCAAGGUUGGCAGCGACGACCUGCGCCGUCUGCGUACUACUCGCAACCCCAACCAGCCCAUGUCCUUCGGCCCGUCGAGCAUGCUCGGCUCUCGAAGCAGCAGCGGCCGUAAGAACCUGGGCCCGGGUGGCAACCUCGUUCGCGGCAGUGAUGACAGUGCUGCUAGCAGCCGUACUGGUACUCCUCCUGCCGGCAAGAAGGAGGACAAGGAAGCCGCCUCUUCCAUGAACGCUUUCAGUGCCCUCGCCGCUCUGGAAGACAAGGACAACCUGGCCACUUCGCCCCCAUCCGCCCACACCUCCCCCGUCCUUACCAAGUCGCAGCCCGCGGCCGAGCGCCGACCCUCAAAAACCCCAUCGAAGGAUGGCGAGAACGCAGCAUAG